UGCCCGUCCUCACCUCCUCGUCCUCCGGUCCAGCAGCACAGUCGCCAAAGUCGCCGGCGAUCUAUCCUUCUCCUCCCCGUCGAUACCCACAAUGCUCGCCAGCAGACUUUUCCGAGCGCCCGCGGGGCGAACAGCCUUGCGACAGGUUUCGCGGCCCGCAUAUGUUCAGAUUGCCUCCCGCGCAUACUCAGUCAACCCGACCUUGACACCGACGGAUGAGAAAGUCGCAAAGUUCCUUGGCCAGAAGGACGGCUCUGGCAACUACACAGUCUCAUUCAUUGAGGGCGACGGUAUUGGUCCAGAAAUCGCACAGUCUGUCAAGGACAUCUUCGCCGCCGCGAAAGCACCCAUCAAGUGGGAAUCCGUGGAUGUUACGCCAAUCCUCAAGGAUGGCAAGACCGCGAUCCCAGACGCCGCCAUUGAGAGCAUCAAGCGCAACUACGUCGCACUCAAGGGACCUCUCGCUACACCCAUUGGCAAGGGACACGUCUCUCUCAACCUGACCCUCCGCCGUACAUUCAACCUCUUCGCCAACCUUCGUCCCUGCAAGAGCAUCGCUGGCUACAAGACCCCAUAUGACGAUGUGGACAUUGUCCUCAUCCGUGAGAACACCGAGGGAGAAUACUCAGGCAUCGAGCACGUUGUUGUGGAUGGUGUCGUGCAGUCGAUCAAGCUCAUCACCCGAGAGGCAUCCGAGCGCGUCCUCCGCUACGCAUUCCAACACGCGCAGGAGAUUGGCCGCAAAAAGGUCCGCGUUGUGCACAAGGCCACCAUCAUGAAGAUGUCCGACGGUCUCUUCCUCAGCACCGCCCGCGAGGUCGCCAAGGACUACCCUGGUAUUGACUUCGAUGCCGAGAUGCUUGACAACACCUGCUUGAAGGUCGUUACCGACCCAGCACCAUAUAACGACCAGGUCUUGGUCAUGCCCAACCUGUACGGAGACAUUCUCUCGGAUAUGUGCGCUGGUCUGAUCGGCGGUCUCGGUCUGACCCCGUCUGGAAACAUCGGUGACGAGUGCUCCAUCUUUGAGGCUGUUCACGGCUCCGCCCCGGAUAUCGCCGGCAUGGCUUUGGCUAACCCGACUGCGUUGCUGCUCAGUUCUAUCAUGAUGUUACAGCACAUGGGUCUGACGAGCCACGCGAGUGCCAUCCAGAGCGCCAUCUUCAAGACACUGUCGGAAGGAAAGUACCUGACAGGUGAUCUCGGCGGCAAGGCCAAGACCCACGAGUAUGCCGGCGCUGUCAUUAGCAACCUAUAG